AAGGAGGCGGACGUGACGUCGUAGCAACGGCGGCAGCUUUAAACCAGAGCCGUGUUCUCGCUCGGCAGCCGGUGCUGGAGCGGCCGUGUCGGCGGGAGGAAGCACCAAACAUCCAUCGCCAGCAUCCUCCGGCUUGUGGAUGAACUGAACCAUGUCAACGAAGCAGCUGGCGAAGCAACUUGGCUUAAUAAGAAAACAAUCCUCUGUUUCUGUUGAAGGCACCAAAAAACAUAAACCGAAUCAGUACUUUUCAUACCUAAUUAUUAUUGAUUUUGAGUCUACCUGUUGGAAAAAUGGCAAGUCUCAUUAUCGUCCAGAAAUAAUUGAAUUUCCUGCAGUGUUGCUCAACACUUCCAGCGGAGAGAUCGAGGUUGAAUUUCACACGUACGUUCAGCCUCAAGAACAACCAAUCCUAUCAGAGUUCUGCAUGGAACUAACUGGCAUUACGCAGUGGCAGGUUGAAGCUGGAAUCCCACUUGCAAUAUGCCUGUCACAAUUUUCCCGGUGGAUUCAAAAACAGCAGCAGGAGAAGAAGAUUGUUUUUGUGAAGGAGGGACAUCAGCAGUGCGAUCCUGGCUCAAGACCCUGUGCUUUUGUAACUUGGUCAGAUUGGGAUCUUGGAGUGUGCCUGCAAUAUGAAUGUAAAAGGAAGCAACUCCACAAACCAAAUGUGUUGAAUAGCUGGAUUGAUCUCCGAGCAACUUACAAGGUGUUCUAUAACCGAAAGCCAAAGGGUUUAAAUGGAGCUUUGCAAGAUCUGGGCAUGGUCUUUUCAGGUCAUGAACACUCUGGCUUGGAUGAUGCCCGCAACACUGCUCAUCUUGCCUGGCAGAUGAUUUGUGAUGGCUGUACCAUGAGAAUCACCAAAUCGCUGGACAGGGUUGCUCCCUUGAAAAAUAUGGUUGCAAGAUUACCGACUGUAAACUCUCUUCCCGGUGGCAAAGCAAGUCCCUCUUCUGAAAACCCGUACAAUGGGUGUAGAACUGGGUUGUUUUCUGAAAUUGGUUCUCGUAACACAGAGUCAGUGGAAAGCAAGCAGAUGAACACACACUGUGGAAGUAAAGCCACAGUAAAACACCAUAAUACAAUUUUACCAACUUUGACUAAAACUGGUAGGCAACACAUGGGGACUAUUGACUGUGGAAAUGGCAGCGAUGUAAAUACUCAUUAUCAGAGUUUAAUAUCCCCCAGGACUCUAAUCAAUGGACUUACUACAUCCAUUAAUCACAGUAAAGCACAGAAACCUCAAGUCGGUGUGAGCAACAAUAUUAAAAGUCAAAUUGUAGUGGGUGUUGAAAAAAGUAAACCCAAUGAAACUGUAAACAACAAGUUGCUUGUGUCCACUACUAUUGACUCGGUCACCAGUACCUCUAAUCUGGAUGUUAGCUGCUCGGAGUCCGAGGUUCCCUGGGAAUAUUGGGAAGAUUCUGCAGUGCUACCUCUAUCAGGUAAUGAUCUUGCAACAGACCAUGGAGAACAAGGGAAAAACUUUGAAGAAUCAAGUUGGAUUGAAGGAGAAUGCACGACAGAAGACUAUCCAAUUCUAGAUUUACCACUAAACAAAAAGGAUGACAAAUUGACAGAAGCCAAAAAGCAUCAGGAGGUGGUACAUAGGAACAUACAAAGAGCAAUAUACGAUGUAGCUGAAGUUAUGAAACAAGUAAAAGGUCAGUCUAUCUUCAAAGCACCAAAGGUGAAGAUUCCACAAGUCCAGUCCAGCUUUUUCAAUGCAGGCACCGAGUCUUUAUUGCCUUCUGUUUUGUCCUCGAGAUCAAAUAACUCUUUAUCUGCUGGUGUUAAAAGAAAAGAAACUUUUUCAAGUCCCUUCAAACAACCCAUUUCUAAGAAGCAACCAUUCACUAUAUAUUCUGACAAAAACUUGUUACCUCUACCCUCAAUUAAGAAGGCAGAUUCAAGAGUUAUUCCUGUUCCUGCCACAAACUAUUCAUAUCUAGCACAGUGUAAAUUUAAUGGUGAAAAGAUUACCCCUCCGCUGUGUGGUUGUGGUCGUAGAGCCAAGCGGCUAACUGUGUCAAAGGCAGGGCCAAACCAAGGGAAAGUCUUCUAUUCUUGUACAAAGGGGAAAAUAAAUGCAGACAAUCGCAAGGGUUGUGGGUACUUUAAGUGGGAGUGGGCAUUGAAGAAGGAGAAAAGUUCUCCCGCCUCCUUUGUAAAUAAUUUUGGUAUUGCUUCACCUGGAGACUUUCCUCCUUACCAAAGGAAACCUCUAGACCUCCAAUUUCCCCUCCAAAAUUAACAAUGUAAUUUUGUCUGGAUUGAUUGUAUUUAAUGUAGUUUAUAGAGCAGCAAAUUAUUCUGGCCUGCAGAAAGGUUGAGGUAGAGUAGUGUGCCAUAAUAAUUUUAGAGUACUCAACUUUCUUUAUUAGAUAUUUUAUAACCUCUGUACUUAAACUAAAUGUACAUAAUGUUUAAACAUUCAUAUAUUUGCCCCUGGAAAAGAGUUCCACCCAUUUUAUUUCAAACCUCUUUUCUGAAGCUUUGACCUGAGAUUUAUUCCAUGGUACUAAUUAUGCAUCUACAUGUCUAAAUGAGGAAGUGCUAAUUUGUGUGGGUCAGAAUGAGAAUUGCAAUUAAGCCCCAAAUUCUCCUGAUUAAUAUGUACUACUAUUAGCCUGUGUGUGCAUGUUUCUAUGUGUACGCAUCUCUUUACUUGCUUUUAUUUCCCAUCACCAUCUCAUUUUCAACAAUUUUCAGUAUCUUGGUAAUCAGUGAGUUUAGUUGUAAUGAUGAACCACUGGUGCUUUUUUAAAACAAAACAGUACAAAAAGAAACGUCAAUGUCAACAUUUUUAACUUCUCUUGUGUUUUUCUGUUGUUUGAUGGUGUAAUGAGGAAUUGACUUCGCCAACCAAAAAUUAUGUGGAAAUCCAAUUAUGAUGGAGGUUAAAUUUGGACUUUUGAUGCUGGUUUCAUUUGGUUUUUAACACUAGCUUAUAAAUUCCAGUUUGAUAACCAAGUCCUUAAUUAUUGUUUAGCUAAAUGCUAACUUUUUUUGAGGGAAGGAAAGUAUCAUUCAACAGAACAUGUCUAGUUCCAUGAUUGUCUCAUUUGAACCACGUAUAAAUGUUUUUAAUAUUAAAUUUUAUUUUUAUACUUGUGUUCUUUAUGAAGUAACUGCACUGCAGAAAUAAGUACUUUGUGACGCUGGGGCAUAAGAUGCUAAAUGUUUUUUAUAAUAAAAGACUUCAAUCAUU